AUGCUGAAAGAAUUGAAAGAACAAACAGAAGAAUCCAAAUCAGUGAAUAUCAGUAUGGCUUCUCCCAAUGCACCACCAAUUUUGGACUUCUCUCCAGUAUAUGGAGAUGACAGUCAAGCCAAAGCCAAGCUGGUCGAGGCAGUGCGCAACUGCUGCCACCACAACGGAUUCUUCCAAAUCACCGGCCAUCGCGUGCCAUCAGAGCUUCAACGACGUGUUAUGAAUUGUUCCAAGAGGUUCUUUGAUCUACCGCUGGAGGAGAAACUCCAAAUCGAUAAAAAUAAUAAUUCUUUUAACCGCGGCUAUGAGCUUCUUCGAUCGCAAAUGCUCGAAGUAGGCACCGGCCCCGAACUCAAGGAAGGACUCUACAUCGGGGAAGAGAUCCCAACAGAUCAUCCCUACUACUUGCAGAAGAAACUCAAUAGCGGGCCUAAUCAAUGGCCUCAAACCGUCUCUGAUAAAGACGAAUUCCAGAAGACAACAAUGGAAUACUACCAUGCAGUCUUUGAGUUAGCGAAGGAUGUCCUCUGCAUACUGGCGCUGACCCUGGGGGUCGAGAGCAGCUUCUUUGAUCCUCUGACUGAUGGGGCGGUUGCCACAAUGCGAAUGCUACACUACCCAGCGCAGCCCAAGGAUGAAGACGAAAGGCUUAACCGUGGAAUUGGGGCCCAUACAGACUUUGGAAUGGUCACUUUACUAUUACAAGACGAGGUAGACGGGCUGCAGGUCUUAGACGCCGCGACAGGACAGUGGAUUGAUGUCAAGCCCGUGCCAGGAGCAUAUGUUGUCAACUUGGGAGACCUGUUCAUGCGCAUGGCUAACGACAAUUGCUUGCCCAACUGCCAGGAGCCAGGAGAGGCGGCCAAGUACCCCCCGAUCACUGUGCAGGAGAUGGUGACAGCAUCUUACAAGGAGAGCUACGGUCGGGCGGAGAAGUACAAGAAGGAGUUUGAGAUGAAGAAACAGGAGCAAGCCCCGGUCAUGGCUGCUGUUCGUGCAUAG